AUGUUCACAACAAAACUCGCCAUUUACUACUUCCGACGCCAACCCCUUGGGUCGACCCGAGACAGAUGUUUGAUUUUGAUAGGUAGUAUUGCUGGUUACCUCGGCAUACCGAGUUCUGCGACAUACUCCAUGUCAAAGUUUGGUGUUGAUUCGAUUCGUGUCAAUCUAGUUGCACCAGGCUACGUCAUAACCCCGGCCUACACCAAAGAAAUAAUCGCCUUCUUUAAAUCAAAGGGCGUGAAAUUCGCCUCAGAAGAUGAUGCCUGUAAGGCAGUCUUGAGAAUCGCCUCCGACACUGCCGUGAAUGGUCGGUCACUUGCGGUUGUAUCCAAAGAGGAUUGCGCCGAGGGAUAUUUCGACCUGGCCCAGGACGAUUUCUCCGAGGGGAGUAAAUUGCACGGCAUGCAAGAUGUUGCACUUAAUGUUGGAUCGCGGACGUAG